CUUCUCUCUGUAGCGGUGGGAGCAGCGUGGACAGUCGCCGGAAAGAUAUACGAACUAAUCAUGCUUUCUUCACGACUGACGUCCGUCUUAACAAGAACUCUAGCGAGGAGAACACCCCAGAUCUAUCAAGGAUCUCUUGGUGCUGUUACAGUUGCUGUAAGAAAUAUAGUAUCUUCGAGUCCAAACUUUGCAAGUGCUGGGACUGCUGAGGUUUCCUCUAUACUGGAACAAAGAAUUUUAGGAUCUGCUCCAAAAGCUGAACUAGAAGAAACUGGCCGUGUGCUGUCUAUUGGUGAUGGAAUUGCCCGUGUCUAUGGCCUUAAAAAUAUCCAGGCUGAAGAGAUGGUGGAGUUUUCAAGUGGUCUCAAGGGUAUGGCCCUGAACUUGGAGCCUGAUAAUGUUGGUGUGGUAGUGUUUGGUAAUGACAAGCUUAUCAAAGAAGGAGAUGUUGUCAAGAGGACAGGAGCCAUUGUAGAUGUCCCUGUAGGAGAAGGAAUGUUGGGAAGAGUGGUAGAUGCCUUAGGUAACCCCAUCGAUGGCAAGGGAACACUGGAAAACACAAAGCGUGCUCGUGUAGGAAUCAAGGCUCCUGGUAUCAUCCCUCGUACAUCUGUGAAUGAACCUAUGUUGACUGGCAUCAAGGCUGUGGAUAGCUUAGUUCCUAUUGGACGAGGACAGCGAGAACUUAUCAUUGGAGACAGACAGACUGGUAAAACUGCCAUUGCAAUUGAUACCAUCAUCAACCAGAAGAAAUUUAACGAGGGAACAGAUGAAAAAAAGAAGCUCUAUUGCAUUUAUGUUGCUAUUGGACAAAAGAGGAGUACUGUUGCUCAGCUGGUGAAGAGAUUGACAGAUGCUGAUGCAAUGAAGUACACCAUUGUGGUGAGUGCCACUGCAUCUGAUGCUGCCCCUCUGCAGUACUUGGCUCCAUACUCUGGCUGUGCCAUGGGAGAAUUCUUCAGGGACAAUGGAAAACAUGCUCUGAUCAUCUAUGAUGACUUGUCAAAACAGGCUGUAGCAUAUCGUCAAAUGUCUCUUUUGUUGAGGAGGCCCCCAGGUCGUGAAGCCUACCCAGGUGAUGUGUUUUACCUUCACUCACGUCUCCUGGAGAGAGCAGCCAAAAUGAAUGACGACAACCAGGGAGGCUCACUUACUGCACUGCCAGUCAUUGAAACUCAGGCAGGUGACGUAUCAGCAUACAUUCCGACAAAUGUGAUUUCUAUCACUGAUGGCCAGAUCUUCUUAGAGACAGAGCUGUUUUACAAGGGUAUCCGCCCUGCUAUCAAUGUGGGUUUGUCUGUAAGCAGAGUAGGUUCUGCUGCCCAAACCAAGGCCAUGAAACAGGUUGCUGGAUCCAUGAAACUUGAGCUUGCCCAGUAUCGUGAAGUGGCAGCGUUUGCCCAGUUUGGUUCUGAUUUGGAUGCUGCUACCCAGUCCCUCCUCAACCGAGGUGUCCGUCUUACUGAGCUUCUCAAACAAGGACAAUAUGUUCCCAUGGAAAUCGCUGAACAAGUGGCUGUGAUCUACGCCGGGGUCAGGGGUCACCUUGACAAGGUGGAUCCAUCACGCAUCACAGCUUUCGAAGAAGCCUUCCUGAAACACAUCCGAUCGACACAGAAAGAUCUUAUCGAGACCAUCAGAAAGGAGGGCGUCAUCUCCGAAGACACUGACGCCAAGCUCAAGAAAGUUGUAACGGAGUUCAUUGCAUCAUUCGACUGAUUCGUCUUAAAAAAGUGUUAAUAUUUUUUUCACCCCAGUUUGUGUAAAAUGUGUUCUCUCGAGAAAUCAUCAGGCCGACAUUUUGGCAGUCCUAAAACUAUUAGGGAAAUAAAUUUUACAAAAGAGUAAUGUAAA